AUGGCGAUAACGGAUAUCCUCAAUAGCCUCUUUGGCCGCGACCAGCAGGAACCGUCGCCGGAGGUGCCUGGAUCAUACAUACGGCUUGAAGAAGACCGUCCCGAGCCGACAUUUCUACGGCGCCCGUCUAAAGUGGUCACCGCGAUUAACUUCGUCGUGAUUAAAGCCAUGGCCAUCAUCAUGCAACUCGUCUCGCGGGUGAUGGCGGUGGUGCUCAAUUUGAUCCAUUUCCCCGACGCCCAGCUGCUGCGGGACUCGUUAAGCUAUACCCAAUUGCUCGACCCUAUUGAUAAAGUGAAUAAGUUUGUGCGCGGGCUAGAGGACCAUUUGCCUAACGAUGCCGACCGGUCACAGCUCCCCCCGUUCUUUGAAGGACUGUGUUCUCAAGCGUUUUAUAUGGCUACCCGUCGAGCCAAGUUUUUGUUCGUGUAUUUGACUAACGACGAAAACGAACACGCGCUGUCGAUAUUCCAUCAAAUUGUCCUCAAUCCUGACUUCCGCAGGUUGUUUACCAACCCUAAUAUCCUCAUAUGGGGCGGCGACCUUACUAAUCCUGAAGCUUACCAAUUAGCUAAUUCUUUGGGAGUGACGAAGUUUCCGUUUUUGGGUCUCUUAUGUUUGACUAGAUCGACAAAGAUGACACCUAUGGGUCCCGUGAAAACGCUGCCGACAAUCUCGUUGGUGCUGAAGAUUCAAGGCGGUCUCACUCCACAAACUAAUGCCUCGGCUCUCAUUCAGACGAAAUUUGUUACUACGCUAGCCAAGUACCUGGAGGAGCUUGGAGUAAUGAGACUGGAGCUUAUGGAAAAGUACCAGCACGAGUUGAUGAUGCGGCAAAUGAAACUGCGCUAUGAAGAACUGUUACAACGCGAUAAGCUUAAGAAGAUCCACCGUCAACGCAAACAGGAUGAGGACCAGUGGCUUCGGUAUCAGGCUACUCAUAAGUUUGCCACCCCCGAUCAGACUCAAGGAGCACGGGUGGCAUUCAAGUUCAACGACGGUAGUCGCCGUCAAAUCAAUAUCGAUGGCAACCGCAAGGUGGAGGACUUGUACAUAUACGUUGAGCUUUGGAACCGCGGGUUUUUGGGUGACGAUGGUCCCUCGACGCUGCUGGAUCUUUCCGAGCUGGAGUUUAACCAAAAGUACGCCAACUUCCACAUGCAGUAUACGUUCUCAUUGGCUCUGGCGUCGCCUCCUCGCCAGAAGUUGGACGAUGUGAGGGAUCAACAGAUUAAUAGCAUCCUGGCGGUGUACCCGAGCGGGCUCUUGGUGGUACAGCAACACGACGAUGCGUAA